CACAGCUCCGUGUAGCUUCCCCGUUUAUCGGUUGAUCAAUGCGGCGGCUGACUCCUGCCUCUCGUCUCCUGGCUCCAUUUAACAUUUCCGACAGUUCCGACAUUUAUGAGUGAUUGAUUGGGCAUCAUGACGGCCAACAGCCGCUGUUCCGCCGCGGAGCCUCCGGGCUUGGAGACCCAGCGGCGGGAGAUCGAGUCUCUCCUGCGGGAGUGUGAGCUCCGCGCCGGGGACAGUUGGUACGUGGUGGAGCGUCACUGGUAUGAACAGUGGAAGGAGUUUGUGGAGACCGGAGACCAGAACUCGUCGUCCUUCCCCGGUCAGAUCGACAACACUGAGCUGUUUGAGGAUCUGGACUCCUACCACCUGAAGGAGCGUCUGGUGGAGAAUGAAGAUUUUAUGCUGGUGCCGGCAGAGGCCUGGCACAAGCUGCUGGCCUGGUACGGCAUGGUGGACGGGCAGCCGCCGCUUGAACGCAAGGUGGUGGACCUUCCCAGCACUCUGAAGGUGGAGGUUUACCCCGUUGAGAUCUUCCUCUGUCUCCAUAGCAACAUGGAGAACGUCAUCACCGCACAGUUCAGCCGCACCGACAGCAUACACUCGAUCCAGAGGGCGAUGUGUGAGGCUUUCUCGGUGCCUCCGGGCUCCGAGUGUCGUCUGUGGAUGAAGAGUUCAGACAGCAGCUGCGAGCGUCUCAGGAAUGUUCACGUGAGCGUGUUGGACGCCUGUUUAAGCUCCGGGAUGACGGUGAUUAUGGAGACAAGAAAUGCCGACGGCACCUGGCCAAGCUCCAGACCUCAGAUCAUGAGGAACUCUGUGGAGGAGCAGGACUCGUACCGAGGACAGCCGGGAGUCUGUGGCCUCACCAACCUGGGCAACACCUGCUUCAUGAACUCUGCUCUACAGUGUUUGAGUAACACUCCUCCUCUGACGGAGUACUUCCUGCAGAGCUCCUACCUGGAGGAGCUGAACUUCACCAACCCUCUGGGCAUGAAGGGAGAGAUCGCUGAGGCCUACGCUGACGUCAUCAAACAGAUGUGGUCUGGGAGGCAUUACUCUGUGGUGCCGCGCGUCUUCAAGACGAAGGUGGGUCACUUUGCGUCUCAGUUUCUGGGCUACCAGCAACACGACAGUCAGGAGCUGCUGUCCUUCCUGCUGGACGGACUGCAUGAAGACCUCAACAGAGUCAAAAACAAAGAGUACAUCGAACUACGGGACGCUGAAGGACGACCAGACCAGGAAGUGGCUGAGGAGGCGUGGCGUAACCACCGCCGGCGGAACGACUCAGUGAUUGUUGACACAUUUCACGGCCUUUUCAAGUCCACGCUCGUCUGUCCGGAGUGCCACAAGGUCUCUGUGACCUUCGACCCCUUCUGCUACCUGAGCGUCCCACUUCCUGUCAGCAAGGAGCGCGUCAUGGAGAUCUUCUUUGUCUCUCUGGACCCGUACGCCAAACCUGCACAGCAUCGUGUUGUGGUUCCUAAAGCAGGAAAAGUUUCUGACCUCUGCUCUGCGCUGUCAGAGAUGACCAACGUACCUCCCGCACAGAUGGUGGUAGCUGAUGUGUUCAACCAUCGUUUUUAUAAGAUAUAUAACGCUGAUGAAUCUCUGAGCUGCAUACUGGACAGAGACGACAUCUUUGUGUAUGAGCUGAGUGUGCUGGAGGAGCAGCAGGAGGAGCAGGUGCUGCUGGCUCUCUACCUCAGAGAGCGCUCCCACUACAGAGACUACGGCUCAGGCAGCACCUCGUACGGCACGUCGCUGUUUGGACACCCGCUGCUGCUGAAUGUGCCGCGCAGCAGCUGCAGCCGGGAGGCGCUCUACAACCUGUUCCUGCAGAGGCUGGCACGCUACGUUCGACCUCCUGAUCCCUCUGAGGAGUUGGAGGAAGAGGAAGAGGAGGAAGAUGAGGAUGAAGAGGAGCUGUACAAGACUCAGACCAACGGCAUCAGUGACGAGGAGGAGCAGGAGGAGGUGGAGAAAGCCGGGCCCUCUCAGACAGAACCCUGCUGCGGUGAUUCCUCGGCAAACAGCCAGUUAGACAACACUGCUGCCGACGUCAACCACACACAGCCCUCACUGGACCACGGCGACGCAGAGACCAAUAACGGGCAACAGAACCAAACUGAGGCUGUCUGCAGCACCGACGCUAACAACGCCAACGACACCAACACUGAUGACGCUAAACGCUGUGAGGACUUGAGCAGGACCUCCGACACCAGCUCAGAACCACCAGCAGAGCAACUGCAGCCGCCCUGUGAGACCGCAGAAGAAGAAAAAGAAGAGGACAAGCAGGAGGAGGCGUGUUCCCCCAGCCCGCCAGCCAGUGAGCAGCCAGCGAAGAGGAAGGUGUGUCGUAAGAGGAGGAAGAGUUUGUUCACCAUCCAGGCGGUCAACUCAAAUGGGACGACUGAGAGAGGGAUGGGAGAGGGAGGGAGCGCUGUGUCCUUCAGCUCUCAGCCUUAUGUGGCCAUCGACUGGGACCCUGACAUGAAGAAGAGAUUCUACAAUGAAAAUGAAGCUGAGAAGUAUGUGAAGCACGCCAGUAUGGAGGUUCCUCAGCAGCAGACGACAGUUGAGCUGCAGGAGUGCAUCGAGCUGUUCACCACUGUGGAAACACUGGAGGAGGAGAACCCAUGGUACUGUCCGGUGUGUAAGAAGCACCAGCUGGCCACUAAGAAGCUGGACCUGUGGUCUCUGCCGGAGGUUCUCAUCAUCCACCUCAAGAGGUUCUCCUACACCAAGUUCACCAGAGAGAAACUGGACAGCAUCGUGGACUUCCCCCUCAGAGACCUGGAUUUCUCCGGCUGCCUCCUGAGGAAAAGCCUGUCCAAUGGGGAGCCUCCGAGCCGUUAUGACCUCAUCGCUGUGUCCAAUCAUUAUGGAGGACUCAGAGACGGACAUUACACCAGCUACGCGCGGAACAAAGAUAACGGUCAGUGGUAUUACUUUGACGACAGCAAGGUGACGUACGCCAGAGAGGACCAAAUCGUGACCAACGCUGCCUACGUCUUGUUCUACCAUCGACAAGACAAGAUCAGAAUACCCACUCUGCCCGCCCCCAACACAAGCCCCGCCUCCUCCACCCAGCCCGCCAACGACAUCACUUCCUGCAAAGACGAUGACGCGGAACUGGGCGGUGCUGCCGCUGCUGCCACCUCCUAUGUCACCAUGGAAACAGAAUAAAUGAACUGUCAAGAUUUUUAGUUUAAUUCUACUUUUCAGUAAUUCUCUUUUCUUCAUCGGAACAACAGGCCUCUUUUAGUUUUUUCUUAUUUUCCAGCAACACUUGAACUUUGUCUGAAAACUUGUUUUAUCCCCGAGUGAGAAAACAACAGCAGCACGGCUGCAGGCUGCGUCUCAAACCUCCUCAGCUCUUAUUCUCUGUCAACAUGUCACUGUCUGUUCGGUCGUUAACGUGGCCACUUGUUACUCAGGUAGUUUGAAGGUGAUCUGGAGGUCACGUUCAGACUGUUGGUCUGAGCCGAAACAACACUUUGAAUUCAUAAUUCCAGUUCGGAGGAAACAUUUAAUCUUUACUGAUCGAUCAGAAGUCACGUGCUGUUUGAUUAUGAAGCCUGGAGUGAGCUGCAGAAUAAUUACAGCCUUUUACUGUGUUUAAAUAGAAUCAAUAGUUUGUCAAAAAAAAUAUUUAUGUCCUUUUUCUGUCUUUAAAUGAUGAAUCAAUAAUUAGCUUUUAAAAUGGAACCACAGAAAUUUAUUGGGGAAAGGUUUUUAAAUUUGAGUUUUCAUGCACUUAACAUAUUCCAUCUAACAGAUCAUUUGCUUUAAUAUUUACAGUUUCCCUUUAGUGAUAGCUUUAAUUUGUCGUCAAAGUGCUUAAAUUAAAAUUUAAAAAAAAUAAAAAUUUUCAUUUUAAGGUGGCAAACUGCUCACACGUCUUGUUAAGGCCUUUUAAAAUGUAAUUUUAUUUAGAAUUUUAUUUUACUCAGUUUUAAAUUAAAUUACUAAUUUGUCAUUUAAAGACAAAAUAAUUAAAAAAUGCUUGAGUUUGAGAAUCCACAAUUUAAAUCCAUUCAUAAAACGUGAAUAAAAAACAUAAUUAAUUUAGUUUUUUCUUAACUGAUACAUUUUUAAAUUUGAGUAAUGUUAAACAGUAAAAGUUAGUAAUUAUUCAGGCGCUCACACCAGGGUCCAUAUUUGAUUAGAAUUCAUUGAAUAUUUAAAGCUGAAAGGACGGCAGUGUCUCUGGCGAGUUCCUGUUUAUUUUUGCUUGCGAAAUUUUUGGUUCAUUUGGCAAAAACAGUCCUAAAAUUUAUCAGUUAUUCUUUUGCUUCUGCAAUACAAGAUCCAGAUCCAGAAACACUUAAUUUUACAAGUUAAAGCUAUUAAAUAUUAAAAUAAAGUCGUUACAUAUUUUAAAUUAACUUGAACUGUCUGCAGACAAAAUGAAAAACUCGACGGUUUAUUUUACUCAAUAGAACCUCAUUACAGUGGCCCGCAGCGCAGCGUGAAGGGGAUUGUGGGUAAUCAGGAGUGUGUUUAUAGCAGAGAAACAGAUAAUUUAAUAUUGAACAAAGCUGCCAGGGAUGAGAAAUUAAUUUGUCUUUGUAUAUUUUGGUUGUUUCCUUCUGGUAUUUAUUUUUGUAAUGGAAUAAUUCCAGCUGUCACAUGACUACAGUUUGUUUUUGAUUAUUUGAUUUCAACUGAUGAUCCGACUGGUGCAGGACAUUGAGAUGCUUAUUUUUCAUAUUUAUAGAUACAAUUUGUAUUCAGGCAUAAAAUUAUUUGACAGAAGGACGGACGCAGGUGAGGUUUCCUCCUCGAGGUCAGAGCGAGCUCUCACUGAUUUUAACCCGGCUCUGUGUACAGUAUUUUUGUAUUGUAAGAAAUGUAUUAUUAUUAUUAUUAUUAUUAUCAUUCCUGGGUCGAGCAGGAGGGCAGCUGGGGCUGAUUUCUUUCUUUGGUCUUCCUGUCAAAUAUCAGAUGAAAAUAUUUUAUUGUACUUUCAAUCUUUUGAUAUGAAUAAAAGGAUGAUUAUUAUCACGA